CCCUCUCUCUUUCUCUCUAUCUGUCUGCCUCUCUCUCUCAAGAGUCAGACAUCCAUAGAUAUUAGGUUUUUCCUAGGAGAAAAGUGAGUUCAUCUUUUCAGAUCUUACAAACACUUUGCUUUUAUAAACUGAUGUGCCACAAAACACUGUGAGCACUCCCUUAUUUGGCUUCGCUUUUUGUGAUCUAAGCAAUUAGCCAACAAGGAAGAACCCAGAUAUGGAAAGAUCAAACAACAUAGAGUGGAGGAACAACUUCUAUGGCCGUUCAAGAACUUCACCAUGGAGCUAUGGAGAUUAUGAUAAUUACCAACAGGAUCAUGAGUAUCUUCUAGGGUUUUCAUGGCCACCAAGAUCCUAUACUUGCAGCUUCUGCAAAAGGGAAUUCAGAUCGGCUCAAGCACUUGGUGGCCACAUGAAUGUUCACAGAAGAGACAGAGCCAGACUCAGAUUACAACAGUCUUCAUCAUCAUCUUCAACACCUUCUCCUCCUUACCCUAACCCUAUUUACUCUUACUCUUCCUCUUCCAUGGCUACCUCUCCUCCUCCUCCUCCUCUAAUCCUAUUCCCAACCCUUUCGCCUCCUUCCUCAACUGGUAUUGGGGCAUGUUUGGCCCGUUCCUUGAGUCCCAAGUCUAAACAUGUACCAGAAAACAAUUGUGAGACGAUGAAGCCAUCUCUUGUAUUGGAGGCUGAGGAAGCCAAAAGGUUGUGCAAGAAAGAUGCUUGCAGAUUCUUGAAAAAUGGAGAAAUCAGCUUGGACCUCGAGAUUGGUGUGAUCAACGAGUCAGAGCAAGAUCUAGAUCUAGAGCUCCGUUUGGGUUUUGCUUAGAUGAUAAAUCGUAUAACUUUAUCCAUAAAUGAUUCUAAGUUCACAUUAGAUCAUUCUGGAAGAGAUGCUGCUUUUCUAAAGUUAAUUAGUUCCGUCUACAUAAACUAUCUUACCGUUCUAAAUAGUAGAACUUUUAUUUUACUGUUUUAUGACUAUAUGUAAGCUUGCGAGAGU